CUGUUUGCCUCCUCCUCCACAACACAUCAGGUUCAGUCAUUUAUGCUGUCUGACUGAGGUGCGGCCAUGUUUUGAUUGCUGAGAUGGGGAGUUUGACAAAUAUAAGAUAAAAUGCCAAGUUGUAAGCCCAAGACACGUUUUAUACCAGCCACGUGUGCUUGGACGCUACUUCUAGCAUGUACUACACUAUUUUUCGUCUUUCCGUGUAUAUCUUUGUACAACAAAUGGGGCAUCUAUGUGCCUGUGUACCAGGGCGUUGUAACGCUCUUUGUGGUGCUCAAUUUUUCUUUAGCAACUUUCAUGGAUCCUGGAGUUAUACCAAAAGCCUCAACAGACGAAGACCGGGAUGAUGAUUUUAGAGCUCCACUAUAUAAGAAUGUUGAAAUAAAUGGCAUCACCGUCCGUAUGAAGUGGUGUGUAACAUGUCAUUUUUAUCGGCCCCCUCGUUGCUCACACUGUUCCGUAUGCAACCACUGUAUUGAGACGUUUGACCAUCAUUGCCCAUGGGUCAACAAUUGCAUAGGGCGACGGAACUAUCGCUAUUUCUUCAUGUUCCUGUGUUCCCUCAGCAUUCAUAUGAUAUCCAUCUUCACAUUUUGCCUCAUCCAUGUACUUGAUAGAAAAGAAUUUCUCACAGAGACCAAUACAAUUGUGAGUAUGGUGGUGAUGGGCGUCAUUGCUCUUCUCUUAAUUCCAAUUCUUGGCCUCACGGGGUUCCACAUGGUUUUGGUUAGCAGAGGGAGAACUACAAAUGAGCAAGUAACCGGCAAGUUCAGAGGUGGAUAUAAUCCUUUCUCUAGAGGAUGCUGUCGAAAUUGCUGCUUUAUUCUCUGUGGCCCACAGUACCCUAGUAUCAAACGGCCAGCCAAAUAUAUAGGAAGAUACAAGUUUAAACCUUCAGCAAGCCCACCUGCACCUGUCUCCACAAUAACAAGUCAAAGUCAGGUGCGAGUCUACAUGGACAAUGGUGUCCAGGCUCCAAAUUCUACUGCCUACAGCCAAUUUCUAACCUCGCACAAAGCGGCCAUCUGUACCUCGGAAGAUUUCUUGCCUUUGCACCCUGGAGUUUUAUUGCAUAAUUUUAAUAUAACUGAAGUGAGUAUGAAUACCAUUAGAAUAUCACAUGAAUUCCCUUCAUACCAUUGCAUUAAUGUUUUAAUAUUGAUAGUUUUGUUUUUAUUGCAUCUUAUUGUUCUGUGCCUAUUAGUGGUUGCAUUAUAUCCUACCCCACCAUCUAUCAUUGUUGUAGAAUCUAAGGAUUUUAGUGCAUAUGCUCACAGUAUUCUUAAUAAAAGCUAAUAUUUUUACUUAGAUUUGUUGAUUUUUAAUGCUUUAAAUAUUUUGUAGUUUUCGUGAUAACAGAUACCAACAUUGAAGUGCUGUGAAGAUCAGGAUAACUUGUUAACUACAGUAUCAUUCCAUAUACUAUUAUCAUUAUCAGUGAAUGUUGAUAGCUAAAGAAAUGAACGUGGCAUAAAACGAGGGUUUUUUGAAAAAUUAAGGCUGAAUCAUGUACAGUACAUACGGUAGAAAGCUUAUCAUUCUCAUUUUUUUAAUUCACUGAUUUACAAUAUACAUAUUUUAAAUUGUAGGGAUAUUUUUGUGGGCUAAGUUGGAAUUGUGAAAAAGAAAGAUAAUUUAAAUUAUUGAGAAGAGCAGUGAGUGCUCAAAAAUUGGGUAGGAAUGUUCAGGUUCCAAAGGUAUAUAGUGAAGUCUGUAUUCUUCUGUACCCUGCUGUUUUUUCACAAGUUCUUGGUUGUCAUAAUUCAAAUAGCACUCUGAACUUCAACAUCCCUCCCCCAUCCUAGGGAGAGUAUGACAGUUGCACCUCCCAUCUUUGGAGCUCAAGUCUAGCUAACUGAUUUUCUGUUAUCCUUUCAUAAGUGCUUCCUAACUCACAUUCCAACAUCAAGUCAGAUCCCAGAAAUACUGUUUGUCUCUGCUCCAAUCAAACAUGUUCAUGCAUGCCUGCUGAGUGCUGAAGCCCCACAAGUCCUUCCUUAAAUGUUCCCUACACCACCACCUAUUCACCCUGUAUUUAUUAACCCUCUUGGUUAGCAUACCCUGCUUCAUCCUUUCUAAGGGGCAAACUAUCUCAACAACUCUUCUCUCAUAAUUAUAUCUUUCAUACCACCAUACUGCCUCCAGAUUCUUUUGCCCCUUACUCUUUGCAUAAUAUUCAUAUAAUACACUGGUGAUUUCAAACAUGGAAUCUCUACUGCCUCCAGCCUCCUCCUCACUGUAACAUUCAAAGACCAUGCUUCACAGCCACUUCCCUCUCUCCUACAUACCUUAACUUGAGCCUCUACCUGUGUUUUAUUAUUUUAGUGCCUUCUCUGGUAAAAAUAUUUAAAUUGGUCACCUUUCCAAUGACCUGGAGUAUUUGGUAUGUUAUGGAAAUAGUCACUCUUGUUCUUUGUUCUUCAAGAGACAGGAGACCUGGCUUUCCCAACCUU